UUACUUAUGUAAGAGGUGAUCUGUAAGGCCAAGUAAAUAACAUUGACUAGUGAUUUACUGCAACGCUUGCUGUAAUUUUAGGCAAGCGUUCACGAUACUGUAGCUGGACGCGCACACAUAUCUCAAUAAGGUUAUCUGCUGCCCUCUGCUGGUCGUUUCAAUCCAAAGCAGCGAGCCGACACCUGACAAGAUUGACAGCGCCGCUUUCUAUUGGCCGAACGCUUCCAGCCGCCGAGUCCUGUACGUGCGGUCAGUCAUCCCCAUGGCAACACGUUCCUCCCGGUUUGAGGGCAGGGCUGUUUGGACAGGGCCAGUGAGAUUCCACACUGAUUAGUGAAAGAGAGACCAUGUGGAAGUCACAUGAGUGCAGAGGAUGAGGUGACAACAACUGCGACCAGAGAGAAGCAACUUUACUACUGGCCUGAGACAGCCAGCGGAUCAGCCUCUCUUCCUUUACCCUUCAGACCCCCCGGUACAACAGGGGCGACUGCACUGAGAGCUUUACCAAUUACAACAGGAACAACCACAAUGAGUAGGAACUCCACCACGCCUACUGACGUCACUGGAGACGCAGCGGCUGGCUACAUCUUGGUACCAUUCCUCUUCAUCACUGUCGUUGGGAUAGCUGUUGCCGGGGUGAUGUACGUACAGAAGAAAAGAAGGGUAGACAGAUUACGACACCAGCUGCUGCCCGUGUACACCUACGACCCUUCAGAGGAGCUGGGCGAGGCGGAGCAAGAGCUGCUGUUGAGGGAAGAAGACACAAAGGUGUUACAGAGCUGGGGAAGGGCUUAUCAGCACCGGCGUCCCCCCCUCUUGAAGGAUGUCCAUGCGUGAGGCUGGGUGUCUGCACCAGCACAGAGACUGGCAGACGGGCUCGGUGAAUCCUGCCAAUUGAACGAUUCGUUGUCUGCUGCAGUGGAGUUGCAGCACCUGUUUGAGACAGAACGAUGAUUUCAAAUUGUUUGUUUUUCACAUGCUUUCCUUCACCCUGCCCAAUAUUUUUGAUUCGGUCGUCCAAAAUCCAGUGUUUCUCGACUCUUGAGUUUCGUACUGAAGUCGAUUACUCCUGCUUUCAUUAUCCGGUGUUCAAUCCUAUCCCGGCCAAAAUAUAACAAACUUCAAGAUACUAAGUGCAAAUGAUUAGUUUUUUAUUUAACAAAAAAAAAACACAUCAUUUUUUUUUUUUUUUUACAGUGUUGUUUGUUAAUGUCGUUCUGUUUGUUGAAACCUUAAAAGCACUGUUUAAUAU